AUGGGAUACGGUCUGGGAGGAGUCUUUAGUGCCCUUACAAGAUCCAGUAUAUCCCUGUUAAAAGCCGGUGUUAAGGCAGGUGUCAAGAACCUUGCACGAAGAAGCGUACCCAUGCUUAAGGCCGGUGCAAAGGCCGGUGCAAAAUCCCUUGCGAGGAAAAGCGUCCCCUUGCUCAAGGCCGGUGCAAGAUCCCUUGGUAAGGCCGCCCUACGGAGCGGAACCGACUUCCUCGAGGAUGUCCUCUCGGGUUCAAGCGUGAAAGCAUCCGCAAAGGCACGUUCCUCGGAGGCAAUUCGUGGUGAAAAACGAAAAGCUCGGAACAAGCUAACCGGUCAGAGCGGACGGGGAAGAAAGCGUACCAAGCGUUCAAAGAGUGUAAGACGAACGGCUAAAAAGAGGAAGGCAUCAGCAUCCACAACCAGACGUCGUCCGACCAAGAAACGGAAAACAGCUCACGACAUCUUUGGUUAAGCAGUAUGAGUUUUGUACACUCCGGAUCGCAGGAAUGCACAAAAAGCGAACUCGACUUAUUUUCCGUACCUCCAACACAGAUUAGUUUGGAAAAGGGACAUUGGAUAGAUCACCAGCCCGUUUCCAGUGUGGCCGAUGGUGGUAGUAUUACAUUCCUUUCCACAGGUACCGAGGACUAUGUGGAUCUUUCCAAAACGAUCCUUGUGAUAAGAGAUAAAGUAACAAAGGCUAAUGGAAACAAUCUCGAUGCAGAUGAAAAGGUAUGCUUUCCCUUUUUUAUCAUAAAUACCGGACCCAUUUUCGGUUACUAACUACACCUUCCUUCGUUUCAGGUUGGAGUGGUAAACAAUUUCCUACACAGUCUGUUCAAGCAAGUAGACGUUUUCCUAAAGGAAAAGCAGGUUACCCAGGCUACCGGAACCUAUGCCUACCGCGCCUAUCUGGAAACCAUCCUCAAUUAUGGUCCUGCCGCCAAGGAAUCCCAGCUUACCUCUGCUCUGUACUACAAGGACAUGGCAGGAAAAAUGGACGCUGCCAAUCCCACGAUAGCUGCCCCUAAUCACAAUGCUGGGCUUAAAACGCGGUACACCUUCAGCAAGGAAGGUGGAAUUAUCGAAAUGGUCGGACCCAUUUUCAGCGAUAUAUUCAUGACCGAGCGCCUCCUCUUAAGUUACGUGGAUUUGAAAAUUACCCUAAAUCGUAACAACGAAAAAUUCUGUUUGAUGGCCUCCGAGAAUGGUGCCGAUUUCCGUGUGAAACUUAUGGAUGCCUCCCUUAGACUCCGUAAGGUCAAAACCAAUCCGACCGUCUCCGUGGCUCGUGAAAUAGCCCUCAAGAAAGGACCAGCCAUUUACCCCAUUCGCCGCGUUGAAUGUAAAAGCUUUAUCGUUCCCGCCGGAAAUCCCUCCCUAAAGAAAGAUAACCUUUUCAAUGGACUUGUACCAAAACACUUGUCUUUGGUAUGGUCGAGAGUGAAGCGUUUAAUGGUGCCUACAAGAAAAAUCCGUACAACUUCCAGCACUUUAGUGUGA